GCCCGCGCCGGCCCGAACCCCAGUGCCCAGGGCGGGCGGGGGCGGUCCGGCGGUGCCCGCGAUGGCGCAUAAAACCGCUGGCCACCCGCCGGGCCGUUCCUCCGCGCCCCGCCGAGCCGGCCGCGCCGCCUCCCGCCGCCCGCGAGCGCCGCGCGGUGCCGGCCGCAGACAUGGGCAGCCGCGUCCGAGCGCGCCGGGCGGCGCUGGCGCUGGGCGGCCUCGGGCUGCUGCUGGCCGCGCUGGGCGCCGUCAUGAUCGUGCUGGUGCCCUCGCUCAUCCGGCAGCAGGUCCUCAAGAACGUGCGCAUCGACCCCAGCAGCCUGUCGUUCAACAUGUGGAAGGAGAUCCCCGUGCCCUUCUACCUCUCCGUCUACUUCUUUGACGUCCUCAACCCCCAGGAGAUCCUCGAGGGCCAGAAGCCGUCGGUGCGGGAGCGGGGCCCCUACGUGUACAGGGAGUUCCGGCACAAGACCAACAUCACCUUCCACGACAACGACACGGUGUCCUUCGUGGAGCACCGCAGCUUCCAGUUCGAGCCCGAGCGCUCGGGCGGCUCGGAGGGCGACUACAUCGUCAUGCCCAACAUCCUGGUGCUGGGCGCCGCGACCAUGAUGGAGGACAAGCCGGGCGGCCUGAAGUUCAUGCUGACCCUGGCCUUCAGCACCCUGCAGGAGCGCGCCUUCAUGAACCGCACGGUCAAGGACAUCAUGUGGGGCUACGAGGACCCCCUGGUGAACCUCAUCAACAAGUUCUUCCCGGGCAUGCUGCCCUUCAAGGGCAAGUUCGGGCUGUUUGCCGAGCUCAACAACUCGGACUCGGGGCUCUUCACCGUGUUCACGGGGGUCAAAGACUUCAGCAGGAUCCACCUGGUGGACAAGUGGAACGGGCUCAGCAAGGUUAAUUACUGGCACUCGGACCAGUGCAACAUGAUCAACGGCACCUCUGGGCAGAUGUGGGCGCCCUUCAUGACGCCCGAGUCCUCGCUGGAGUUCUACAGCCCCGAGGCCUGCCGGUCCAUGAAGCUCAUCUUCAAGGAGCCGGGGCUGUUCGAGGGCAUCCCCACCUACCGCUUCGUGGCUCCCAAGACCCUGUUCGCCAACGGGUCGGUGUACCCGCCCAACCAGGGCUUCUGCCCCUGCCGCGAGUCGGGCAUCCAGAACGUGAGCGCCUGCAGGUUCAGCGCCCCCCUGUUCCUCUCCCACCCCCACUUCUACAACGCGGACCCCGUGCUGGUGGACGCCGUGCAGGGCUUGCACCCGAACGCCAAGGAACAUUCCCUGUUCCUGGACAUCCACCCGGUCACGGGCAUCCCCAUGAACUGCUCGGUGAAGCUGCAGCUGAGCCUGUUCAUCAAGAAGGUGGACGGGAUCGGGCAAACGGGGAAGAUCAAGCCCGUGGUGCUGCCGCUGCUGUGGUUUGGCGAGAGUGGGGCCAUGGAGGGCGCCCCCCUGCGGACCUUCUACCGGCAGCUGGUGCUGAUGCCCAAGGUGUUGUACUACGCGCAGUUCGUCCUGCUCGGCCUGGGCUGCGUCCUGCUGCUCGGGCCCGUCGCCUUCCUCCUCCGGAGCCAGGAGAAAUGCUAUCUCUUUUGGAGUAGUAAAAAGGGCCCCAAGGAUAAGGAGGCCCUUCAGGCCUACUCCGAGUCCCUGAUGACGUCCACCCCCAGGGGCACGGUGCUGCAGGAGGCCAGGCUGUAGGGACCCAAAGAAGCCGAGAGCCAGUCCAGCCUGGCACCCUCGCCCGCCGAGGCCCCCAGCCCCCACACCCCCCUCCUGCAGGACCCACCCAGCCGGCGGUCCAGCAGCCCCUCGGUCUGACCCCCCCACGCCGCUGCCCCGCCCAGUGCGCGUGGGCUCAGGCACGGACACUCAGGGACGGAAGGCUCGGAAGAGGCCCCGCCUCGAGGCUGUUCUGGAACCUUCUCUCUACAUCCACAUCUCUCCAAGCACACGUGCGGGGCUGAGCGCGGGGCAGCCCCUCCACCGCCAGCAGCCGCCGCUGGACAGGGCACUGGCCACACGGGGAGGCCGCGUCAGGCCGUGGCCCUGAGCUGCACACGCCCUCCCCCGCCAGACUGACAGCACAUGAGCACUGAGCCCUCCUGGCGACAGAGACUCCGCCCACUCCCCGCGACAGCCCCCCGAGAGGUGCCGGGCCGCAGCCUCCAUCCUGGUCUUUUUCUACUGGAAGAGACGUGAAUUUUACGGUCUCAGAAUCAUAAUUGAAGUAAUAAACCUUUUAAAAAAGUGA